AUGGUUCUGGAAAUCUCUCUAGUCGACCUGAAAAAGGUAGACCCAGAAAACAAAUACAACGACACUCAAUGGAACUACCAUGCGUACAAUGUGUACGUAGGUGAACACCGUAUCCUCACUAUUGUCAGUGGCUGCAACCGAACCACCACUAAAUGGUUCAAAGAGCUGCUCAACAAGGGCUCUCCCAACAACAAACAUGGUUGUAUUCUCGUAUCAGUUUUCGCUGAUCGUGAUCCAGAUAGGUAUCACUACAACUGGGACCAAAAAAAUGGCCAUGAAAAACCCUACGACCUACUCCAGGUUUGCACUGGUUCUCAAUGCUUCCUUUACCGUCUCCCUUUCCCUAAUGAUGAUCCUGUUCCAAAGGCUAUGAAAGACUUCUUUAACGAUCCUAGGGUUAUGGCUGUUGGAGUAAAAAUGCGUGCUGUUAUUAAUAGGCUUGAAGUUGAUUUUGGUAUUGAGUUUGCUAACCCUGUUGAUCUCAACAAAUUAGCACUGAAAGGUUUGGAUAGGGAUGAUUUGGAUCUAGGUCGUUAUAGCCUUGAUCGUAUGGCUAAGGCUGUACUGGGAAAACAUUGGGAUGUGACUAGGCCUGUAAGGCCGUUAGUGUGGUUCCCACCUUGGAGUUGUUGGUGGAGAGAUCAGUUGAAUCCCGAGAAAGUGAAAUAUGCUACUGUGGAUCCUUAUCUGUGUUUUAUGAUUAGUUCUAAGAUUUUGGAAGGGAUGGAUGAUAAGUGUUAUGUUGUUCAUUGA